AUGCGAACAACAGCCAUAUGCCUCUUCCGGCACACCCUGAGGCGUAGUCGUCUCAAUCUCAUUCAAAUCCACAAUGGCACAUUCUACAGAGAGCACCCGUCAGCGGGCGGAAAGGACACAUCUACGAACCCUCCUCUAUUCCCAGACCUGAGAUUCGAGCUUCCUGCCACGACCCGGCGCAAAGGCUCCGGCCAGGAUACCGAGAGAAGAAGCCCUCACUGGGCCGUCAUCAGCGGGUCUGGAGAUGGGACCACGUUCCUCGAGAUCCUAAGAGGAUCGCACCUCUGUUUCCCGCCCAACGCGAGAUCCUACCCGUACCUAGCCGACGGGGACAUCGACGACCAGACGGACCACCGGCUACGAAUCCCCUCCCGCGCCAUCCAGUAUGUCGGGUUCAACACCAAGCAGGGCGGGAUUGCGGGCGCCGGAGGCGUCACUGGCGCAUACCUGAGCGCAAGAUACGAAAGCCGCAGGGAAGAGACGGACUGGACAGUGCUGCAAUACCUCACGGGCGACACGGAACUCAACCCGGGCGAGAAACAACAACACGUCGACCAGAGUUUGUUGCACAAGGUCAUCGCAGACCUGCGGCUGCAGAAGCUGACGGCCAUGCCCGUCAGCAACCUCUCCAACGGACAGACCCGGCGGGCGAGGAUUGCGAAAGCACUGCUCGGGCGGCCCUUGCUCUUGCUUCUGGACGAACCGUUCAUGGGACUCGAUCCGCCCACGCUGGUCACACUGUCGCCCAUGCUGAAGAAACUGGCCUAUCAGUCGAGUCCGCUGCUCAUGCUCGGACUGCGGCCUCAGGAUCCCAUCCCAGAGUGGAUCACGCAUUUGGUCGUGCUUGGACACAACCACACUGUGGCGUUGAUGGGCGAGAAGGACAGAGUCCUCCUCAGUGUGCGGAAGUGGGCAGAUGUGGCGUCCAAGUCGCAUGUGCGGACUCAAGACCAGAGUGCCGUCGAGGGGAUUCUGAAGCAAUAUGGGCCCCCACCCGUUGGUCUGACUGGAGAUGUGCUAAGUGAGACUGGCAUAUCCACAGCGUCUCUAGGGAUACCUGCGGAGGAAUUUCCCGCAGAGGAGGUUGACUCUGUCGCGGGAUCAGACCGGCCAUUUAAAUCGCCACUGGACGACACACUGCGACAGCUCGUCACGUCGGCACCAAGCGCGAGUCAUGGGCAGGGAUCAACAACAUCUAUGCCUUCCUUACCCUCAGACCAGCGGACCACACGCACAACAACCAACGCCACCGUCACCACAAAAUCCACAGCAGGCGCCCCUCUGAUCGAACUCUCGUCCGUGAUGGUCAAAUACGGGUCGAAAAUCGUGCUCGGCAACCCGACGGGUCUCUCCCUCACGCUGAACCAAGGCACGCGCCUGGCCCUCCUCGGCCCCAACGGCAGCGGCAAAACCACGCUCCUGUCGCUCCUCACGUCGGACCACCCGCAGUCGUACUCGCUCCCGAUCCGCUUCUUCGGACGCACCCGUCUCCCGGACCCGGCCAACAACAUCGCCGGACUCAGCCUCUGGGAGAUCCAAAGCCGCAUAGGACACUCCAGCCCGGAGAUCCACGCCUUCUUCCCAAAGCACCUCUCCAUCCGACGAGCGCUAGAGUCCGCCUGGGCCGAGACAUACGCGGGACGGCCGAACCUGACGCCUUCGCGCGCCGCGCUCGUCGACCAGGUCCUAGAAUGGUGGGAACCCGAGUUACGACCGGAGGGGCCGCGGCCGCGGCCUCAUCGCGACAGCCACGAUUCCAGCAUCAUCCAUAACGGUGACGGCGAUGGCGAUGGUGAUGGUAAUAACUAUAGCUGGGCGACCUCCAAGACACACCCGUUCGGCACGCUGCCCUUCUCGACGCAGCGACUCCUCCUCUUCUUGAGAGCGUUGAUCAAACAGCCCGACAUCAUCAUCCUGGACGAGGCCUUCUCGGGUCUAUCGGCACGGACGCGCGACAAAGCCAUGGCCUGGCUUGAAUUCGGGGCGGCGUCGUCGGGCAGUUCGGAAUUUGCGCCGCGUGAGAAACGCAAUGCGAGCACGGCAAGCAUCCCCUCUGACGAGAAGACUCGCGUCGUCGACGGAGGAGGGACGCGGCACGGUAGUAAAACUGACACUGACACGGACGACGAUGUGACCACAACCACGUUCCGCGGCCUCACCGAUCGACAGGCCCUCGUCGUGGUCAGCCACGUCAAGGAAGAGAUCCCCGACUGUGUGGACGAGUGGCUCCGGUUGCCCGGCGAGGAGGAAAUCACCGAGACGGGCCGGGGCGUCGAAGGCGGCAAGACGCCACACAGGGGGUGGGUCAAGUCGCCGGAGGGCUGGAUGAAGGUUUGGGGGCUGUGA